UUAAGUUUCUUUGGAAUGUCAACAUUUUACUCACGUACACUUCGAUAUAAAAUUCUAAUUUAAAUUAUUUCAACAAAAUUAUGAAUGACUCAUUUUAGAAUAAUCUUAAUCUUUCAACGUACGACAAUUUUGAGGAAAUGCGUCAAUAAGAACAUUUGUAUUUAGUAUAAAAGCUACUUAGUUCAGAAGCGAUUUGCAGUUCUAAUCGGCAUUAAGAAGUGCGCAAGCGUGUUUUUAAAAACAGAGAAAAGAUGCAGACAUUUUUGAAAUUGUUGGCGGUAUUAUUUAUUCUCGUGCCAAAAUACACAGCGAGUAGUUCUCUGCCCAAAGAAAUUCUAAAUUAUACUGAACUAUUAGAGGAUCAAAUAAGAAAUGUUAACCUUGAUGAAGAACUAAAUUCUACAAAAGCAUACAUCGCGCCUGUGGAAAAUCAAUUAAGGCAGUGUGGAGAAAUGGAAGAAAAAAUAAUGCUCCUGGAACUUCAAAUAAAUGAAACCAAUAAAGCUAAUCAGCAACUAGACGAAUAUAAAAACCAAAUUGAAAAGCAAGGAGCCGAAAUAAAGAGCAUUUCGAUUAAAGAUGAACUUAUUGCUAGCCAAAAAGCUGAAAUAGAAGAUAAACUAAUACUGCUGGAAAUGCAAAUUAAUAAAACGAACAAAGCCAAUGAACAAAUAGAAGACUACAAAAACCAAAUUCAAAAGAAAGAACGUGAAAUAGAGAACUUGUCGAAUAACAAUGGAAUUGUUGCUAGCCAAAGAGCUGAGAUAGAAGAUAAAACAAAGCUUCUGGAAGAUUACCAAUUGCAAAUUGCAAAGAAAGAAUUAGAAAUUAAGAACUUGCAGAGUAAUCUGAAAAAACCAAAAAUAAUAUGUCCCCAUGAUAUGGUCAAAUCAUAUGAGGAAAACAAAAUGUUAAAAUCUGAGGUUCAGAAUCUUAAUGAUAAAAUUCAACAACUGGAAAAUGAACAAAAUGAGGAAAACAAAAUGUUAAAAUCUGAGGUUCAGAAUCUUAAUGAUAAAAUUCAACAACUGAAAAAUGAAAAAAAUGAAUGCGAAUUAACAAUUAAAAACUUGGACCAACUGAAUGAUGAAUUAGGCGACCAAGAAGAAUCGUGUCAGAUGGAUUUGGAGUCAGAAAGGUUUGACUCCAACGAAAAGGAUGUCACUAUUGACGAUAUGAAAAAAGAAGCUGAGGCUAAUCGUAAAUUGUUGGAUCAAUGUCAAGAGAACAAUAUGAAUUUGCAAAAGACAGAAGAGGAGAAGAAAUCAGUCGAAGAGAAGCUAAAUGAAUGUCAAUUAAAUAAUACAAAUUUAGUAAAAUUAAGGGAUGAAAGCUUCAAAGAAUAUCAAAGUAAUCAACAAAUAAUAUUAGAAUCGUGUCAGAAUGAUUUGGAAUCGCAAAGAAAUGAGUCCACUUAUAAGAAUGUGACUAUUAAGGAACUGAAUAAAGUAGUUGAGCUUAAUCACAAUGGAUGGACCCAAUGUCAGAAGAAUAUGGAAGAAGUCCAAACAAAACUUUUUACUCUGGUAGUUUCUUGUGAUACAAAGUAUGCGAACAUCAACAAUUUAGUUGAUACAUGUAAAGAGCAAUUGGAAUCGCAAAGAAUUGAGACCACUUAUAAAAAUGCGACUAUUAACGAAUUGAAUGAUGCUUUGGAUGAGUAUAAAAAGAAAAAUGCAGAACUCAACAAUCGGCUGAGUGCCAUUAAACAAUGCGCUGAACAAUGCAACGGAAAUAAUUUCUUUAAAAAAACAUGGUGUAAAGCGAAAUGUAAAUUGCAUUGUUAGCAGUUCUUACAAUAUCGAUGUUAUCUUAUCUUCUGUUUAAAUUCACAUAUAAAUUCUGAAUACACAUUAAAAAUAUUUGCUAA